CUUGAUCUUGUUCCAGUUUGACGUUUCAUAACCUACAAAAAAAAUCAUUUGAAUUUUCUACCCGCGCAGGCUUGUGUUAUGUGUCCGUAUCGUAUUAAGUAAAAACGUACGUAUGUGAUAGAAGUUGUAAAAAAACUUCGAUUAGUGCCACGCAUGCAGUGAAAUAAGUGAUUUAUCUGUAAAUACCACAGUUUUCACCUAUCGGUGUUUUCGUUUCCAUUUCUAAUCGGUGACAAUGUCGCGCGACAGAUCGUCCCGCCGCUUUUACCGGGCGGAGUCCACACACGACCUGCUCUCGUUUAUGGACCGAGGGCAAGCCGCCUUAGAGGAGAACAGAUGGACGUUCGAGACUGCUUGGGAAGCGGCUAACAAAGUCGGUGGUAUCUACACUGUUAUAAGAUCGAAAGCCUAUGUUUCCACUGAAGAAAUGGGGGAGAACUACUGCCUACUGGGACCAUACAAAGAGCAUUGCGCGAGGACUGAGGUUGAGGAGGCGGACUUCCCCCCGAACUCGCCACUCACCACAGCAGUCAACGCUAUGCGCAGUCAGGGAUAUAAGCUGCACACGGGCACGUGGCUGGUGGAUGGCAACCCUCAGAUCAUCUUGUUCGACAUCGGAUCUGGCGCGUGGCAGCUGGACGGCUACAAGCAGGAGCUGUGGGACACCUGCAGCCUCGGCAUUCCGCAUCUGGAUGUGGAGGCCAAUGAUGCGGUCAUACUCGGCUUUAUGGUUGCACAGUUUGUCACUGAAUUUAGGAAGGCGGCUGAGAACUACAGCGAUAUUCCGCCGCGUGUUGUUGCGCACUUUCACGAGUGGCAGGCUGGCAUUGGGUUAAUAGUGCUCCGAGUACGUCACGUGGACGUGGCCACAGUAUUUACAACACAUGCAACAUUGUUGGGCAGAUAUUUGUGCGCUGGCAACACUGAUUUCUACAAUAACCUUGAUAAAUUCUCAGUGGACGAGGAGGCAGGAAAGAGACAGAUAUACCACAGAUACUGCAUGGAGCGCGCCGCCGCACACAUGGCGCACAUAUUCACCACCGUCUCCGAUAUCACAGGUUACGAGGCGGAACAUCUACUGAAGCGGAAGCCGGACAUCAUCACCCCCAACGGUCUGAACGUGAAGAAGUUCUCCGCACUGCACGAGUUCCAGAACUUGCACGCGAUGUCCAAAGACAAGAUACAUGAGUUUGCAAGAGGACACUUUUACGGGCACUUUAACUUCGACUUGGAUAAGACGCUAUAUUUCUUCAUCGCUGGUCGAUACGAGUACGGCAACAAGGGCGCUGAUAUCUUUAUUGAGGCACUAGCUAGACUCAAUCAUUACCUAAAGUCAUCAGGUUCGGAGACGACAGUGAUAGCUUUCCUGAUCUUCCCCGCGAAGACUAAUAACUUUAAUGUGGAGAGUCUUCGCGGUCAUGCCGUUACCAAAGCUCUGCGGGACACUAUACAAGACAUACAGCAGAAGAUCGGCAGGCGAAUGUAUGACAUAUGCCUCAGGGGUCAUCUACCGGAGGCAUCAGAUCUUCUGCACAAAGAGGACACUGUGCGGAUGAAGCGCUGCAUCUACGCGCUGCAGAGAGAUGGUCUGCCUCCUAUCACCACACAUAACGUUGUUGACGACUGGAGCGACCCCGUACUGAAUGCAAUCCGAAGAUGUCAUCUGUUCAAUACAGUUAAUGAUAAAGUCAAGGUGAUCUUCCAUCCUGAGUUCCUGACUUCCACCAACCCGCUGUUCGGUCUGGAGUACGAGGAGUUUGUCCGGGGCUGUCAUCUCGGUGUCUUCCCCUCAUACUACGAGCCCUGGGGGUACACACCUGCUGAGUGUACAGUCAUGGGUAUUCCUAGCGUCACCACCAACCUGUCUGGUUUCGGAUGCUUCAUGCAGGAGCACAUCGCAGAUCCGAUGUCUUACGGUAUCUAUGUAGUGGAUCGUCGCUACAUCUCGCUAGAGGGCUCUGUGCAACAACUUGCUCAGUACAUGUACGACUUCACCAAAUUGUCUCGUCGUCAACGGAUCAUUCAACGGAACCGCACCGAGCGGCUCUCAGACCUCAUGGAUUGGAGGAACCUUGGAAUUUACUACAGACAGGCGCGUGCGCAGGCUCUCAAGAUAGUGUAUCCAGAUUACGUGGACCAGAUGGAUAUAGAACUUGGCAAGCGAUUCAACUACCCCAGACCCAUCUCUGAGCCACCCAGCCCCACACACUCCAGAGCAACAACACCCGCUGCCUCUGUCCAUGGUUCUGAUGAUGAAGAUGAAGUGGAUGAGGAAAAAGAGCUGGCUGAGUUGAAGAUAAGCGAUAAAUAGAUGUAAGAAAUUAAUAUUACA